GAGCGGGUUAGGUUGCGGCGCGGGCGGCGGGCCGAGCUGGUCACGUUGUGCUGGGGGCUCCGCGCGGCCUGCAGUCCCGAGCCCGCGACGCGCUCCGCCCGCCCGCCAUGGAGCCUGGCCCCGACGGCCCAGCCGCGCCCGGCCCCGCCGCCAUCCGUGAGGGCUGGUUCCGAGAGACCUGCAGCCUGUGGCCCGGCCAGGCCCUGUCGCUGCAAGUGGAGCAGCUGCUGCACCACCGGCGAUCGCGGUACCAAGACAUCCUCGUCUUCCGCAGUAAAACCUACGGCAACGUGCUGGUUCUGGAUGGCGUCAUCCAGUGUACUGAGAGGGACGAGUUCUCCUACCAGGAGAUGAUCGCCAACCUGCCGCUCUGCAGCCACCCCAACCCGCGGAAGGUGCUGAUCAUCGGGGGUGGAGAUGGGGGCGUCCUGCGGGAAGUGGUGAAGCACCCCUCUGUGGAGUCGGUGGUCCAGUGCGAGAUCGAUGAGGAUGUCAUUGAAGUCUCUAAGAAGUUCCUGCCUAGCAUGGCCGUUGGCUUUUCCAGCUCAAAGCUGACUCUCCACGUGGGCGAUGGCUUUGAGUUCAUGAAACAGAACCAAGAUGCCUUCGACGUCAUCAUCACGGACUCCUCAGACCCCAUGGGCCCUGCAGAGAGCCUCUUCAAGGAGUCCUAUUACCAGCUCAUGAAGACAGCGCUCAAGGAAGAUGGCAUCCUGUGCUGCCAGGGUGAAUGCCAGUGGCUGCACCUGGACCUCAUCAAGGAGAUGAGGCACUUCUGCAAAUCUCUCUUCCCUGUGGUGGACUAUGCCUACUGUAGCAUUCCCACCUAUCCCAGUGGCCAGAUCGGCUUCAUGCUGUGUAGCAAAAACCCGAGCACCAACUUCCGGGAGCCCGUGCAGCAGUUGACACAGACCCAGGUGGAGCAGAUGCAGCUGAAAUACUAUAACUCGGACAUGCACCGCGCAGCCUUCGUACUGCCUGAGUUCACCAGGAAGGCCCUCAAUGACAUAAGCUGAAUCCAGGUGCCACUGUAGCACCACCUGAGACCUCAAUCAGAUUGGACCAAGGAUCUUCCAAGUUGUCUGGGGACCACCAGUCCUGGACCAGACUCCCAGAUGACUCUUGCCCACCAACCAAGUGUUACAGGCCCCACGAUGCUGCCUGGCCUGCCCUGCUGGGUGGACUCACUCUCUUGUCUAUCUCUGUGGCGUUCAGCCCCACGCCUAUACCAGCUCUGUACAGCACCGCCUAUGCCCUGUGACCCAACAAAAUACAUGUGUAUUUAUAACAAGCUCAGUCAUGACCUCUGA